AUGAUUAACAAUUUAUCUAGGGAAAGGAAAAAGAGUGUUAGAUAUUUACUAAAUGAAUAUUAUAACAUAGAAAAUGAAAAUAAAGAAAUUGUAACAGAUUUGAAAAUUACAAAUGUGAUUGGAAAUGCUGUGAAGGAAUAUGUAUCCAAUACGAAAGUUCGAAAAGAUACAAAUGACAGAGUUAUAGAUGACAAAAUUAUAAAUGACAAAGCUAUAAAUGAAGGGAAUAGAAUGAAUUGUCUUAAUUUUGAUAAUGUUGAAACUCUGAACGAAAUGGAUGAAUUAAAUAAAAAAAGUAGCGAAUUUAAUGCAAAUAUAUAUUUUCGUAAAUUGCUAGAAAAUAGUAGUCUUGACGAUUUAAUAAAUAAAUCCAAAAAAAUUGAAAAGGAAAUAAAACAAAAUGACAAUUCGAUACAAUCUAUUGUAUAUGAAAACUAUAAUAAAUUUAUAUAUGCAGAAGAUAUAAUAGUUUUAGUAAAAAAUAACUUCAAAAAAGUAAAGGACAAAAUAAAUUUAAUAAAUCAACAUAUAGAUUAUAUAGAUACUAGCUUUAAAAAAACAAAUAAAAAUAUUUCUAUUGAAAUUGAACAAGUAGAAAAUAUAAUUCAAAUAAAAAAAUUAUUAAAAAAUAUAAACAUUAUUAUGCAAACCCCAAAAGAAAUGUUUUCUUUAAUUCUUAAAAAAAAGUAUAUUAAAGCAUUAAAAUUAUUUAUAGAACUUAUUCCAUUUUUAUAUCAAAAUAAACAUAUUAUUCCAUUUAUUUGUCUAUAUAUGGAUUGCAAACAUUUGGAAAACAUUGCAUGUUCGUUAUAUUUCAAAUUUCUUCACAAUAGCGUCCCAAACAUUACCUCUGAAAAUGGGAAAGAAAAUAAAAUUUCUAACACAACCUUUUUUGGAGAAAAUUUGAAAGAUUUAUUUCAAAAAUUAUGUUCAAGUAUUAUACCCAAUAAUAAAUUAGGAUAUUGUUUUGAAGUUAUCCUUUCUUUUGGAAAAGAUAUAAAAUUGAUGAGAAAUUUAUUUAUUCAAAAUAGAAUAAUUGCUUUAAAAUAUUUGUUAUGUAAUAUAUUUAACUUAGGAAAUUAUUUUCAUGAAAAUGAUAAUAAUAAUUCUAACAAAAUGGAGGGUAUAAAAAAUGAUGAUAAGUUUGAAGAAAAUAAUUUUAUAUUUUUAGAGAAUAAUUAUAAUAUUGAAAAAUCCAAAUUAAAUUUGAAAAUAUUUGAGAAUAUUAUCCAAUUAGUGUAUGAACAUUUAUUACCAUAUUUUUUUGAAAUUAUAGAUAAUUAUGAAAAUGUUUUUAUAAAAAAUGAAAAUAAUAGCAAAGAAUUUACACAUUCAAUUUAUUAUACAAGUAAAUUAAUAUCUGAAUUAAAUGAGCAAGUGAAAAAAAAAAAAAAAAAAAUUGAAACAAACAUAAAACAGUUAACAAAAUCUAGAAUGAUAUAUGAUGAUAAUAUUGAAGAAAAUGAAAAAAAAAAAAAAAAAAAAAAUGAUGAAACUACAAUAUUAAUGGAUGAAAAUAUUUAUCAUGAAUUAAAAGAAAUGUGGAAUGUUAAUUGUGAUAAAGAACUUAUUAUAAUUUUAGCAAAAGGUUUUUUUCGAACUUUAUUGAAUUUAAAAAUAGAUUUAUUAUAUUUAUAUAAUCCAUCUGUAGAAAUUAUUGUAUUUUAUUUAAAAAAAUUAAUAAAUAAUGUAAAUGAAAAAGAAAAAGAAAUGAAAAUUCAAGAAAAAAAAUUGUCUGGUAUUUUAUCACCUAUUUUAAAUACAUACAUAAAAAAAAUGUUAUAUACAAUUACGAAACAUAAUUUUUAUAAAUUAUGUUAUAAAAAUAAUUUAAAUUUUAUAAAUUUUUAUAAUAUGUGUAAUAAUAAUGAUAUUUAUUUUAUAGUUGAAAAUAAAAAUGAAUUACAUCAUAAAAUUUUGUUAAAUCUUUGUUUGGAAAUUAUAGAUUUGAAAAUAUUUUUUGAAGAAAUAAAACAAGUAUCUUUUGAUUUUUUUAUAAAGAAUAUUAUAAAUUUUGUGACAAUUUAUUUUAUUUUCUUAAACAAUUUUUUAAACUUUUUCAUUAAACAGUUUGUAUGUGUAUAUAAUCGAAUAAAGGAUAAUGAAAAUGGAAAUAUAGAUGAUAAUUUUGAAGGUUUUAGUGAAUUAGAAUUUAUAUAUGAACAUGAUUUGUUUAAAUAUAAUAAUAUAUAUAGUAUUAAUUGUGAAUUGGAUGAAAUACAAAAUGUAGAAAAAGAAAUGAAUAUACAUAAACAAUUGUCUAAUUAUUUUUAUAAUUCUGUUAAUAUAAAUAAUAGAGAAAUUCAAAAUAUUUUAAAAAAAUUAAAAAAAAAAUUAAAUAUAGAUUAUAAAGAAUUUAUUGCUAAAAUAGUAGAUGAAAAUGUAUCUAAAUUAAAAAAAAAAAAAAAAAUUAAAGAAAUAUAUUUUUUAUUAGCCUUAAUAUCUAUAUUUAAUAAUUUUAAAAAGGAAGGAAUUUCAAAAAUAUUUACAAUAUUAUUAAACAUAUAUAGUGAAUCUAACAAUUUGGUGAAAGGAAAUAAAAAAUUAUAUUUUUGUGAUAAUUUAGAAUCGAUUUUUUAUAAAGAUGUAUAUCCAUUUAAUUUAAAAAAUGACAAAAAUAUGAAAGAUGAAAGUAAAAAUUCUAUAUGUGAUAAAAUUGAUGAAGUUUUAAAAAAAAAAAAUUGUAAAAAUAUUAAUUCAAAUAGUAAUUUAGAUAAGAAUAACGAAAUCACAGUUUUAGACAAUUCUUUUUGUAAUGAUUUUCAGAAAAAGGAAAUCCAACAAACAAUUGUAGAUACAAAAUAUGUUUGGAAUGAUGAAAAUUAUUUAGAGAAAAUAAAGAACAAAAAUUUGGAUAAAAAUCAAGGACAAAGCCUUGAUGGUGUUUCAGUUUUGUACACUAAAGAUAGCGAAAAUAUGGAAAAGAAUUGUGAAAAAAAUAAACAUUUUAAUGAUUCAAAUAAAAGUUUUGAAAAUAAAGAUAACGAAAGUGAUUGGAGGGAAGGUACAACUGAUAUUAGUGAAAAUGAGAUAAUAAAAAAAGAAAAAUGGACAAAAAGUAUAAAAAAAUUUGCUAAAAAUAUUUUUCAAAAUAAAUGUAAUGAACUUGUAAAUAUAUAUAUAUUUUAUUAUGUAAAUAAAAUGUCUAAUAAUAUUGAAUUGUGUUUGGAAAAAUGGGGAAAAAAUAUAGAAGAAAGGAAUAAUAUGAUUAGUUCAAGUUUUUUGUAUGUUUUAAAAAAUGUAAAUAAUAUAUAUUUUACUUUAAAUUUAAUUUUGGGAGGUAAUAAAACAAAAGAUAUAAAUAAACAAGCAUAUUUUGAGGAAAUAUGUAAAAAAAUAAAAAAAGAAAUAAAGCAAAUAAAUAAAAUAAUGUUUAAAGAGGAUAAUUCAAAUAAUGUAAUUGAUAAUAAUAGUAACCAUUUUAAAAGUAUAAAUAUAUUAUCACCAAAUAUAGAACAGUUAAAUGAAGUAAAUAUAAAAGAAAAUAGAAAUUUAGAAAUGUACAUAUAUAAGUUAUAUAUAGCAAAAAUGAAAAAUUAUAAAAAAAAUAUAAAACUUGAAACUAAACAAGUUAUAUUUAUUAUUAUAAAAAUAUUAUUUAAGAACUAUAUCGAAUUUAUUAGAAAUAUGCAUAUAAAUGAAUAUAUAUUUAAAAAUUUAAAGAUUGAUUUUGUAUUCUAUUUUUAUUUUUUAAAACAUUAUAUAUCUAAAGAUGAUGAAAAUCUGUUAUUUGUUAUCCUUAAUGAUGUUUUAAUAAGUGCAAUUGAAAGGCUAAACAAACAAGUUAGCUCUAACCUUCCAAACGUUUAUCCAACUUAUUUAUUGGAUACUUGUUAUUAUAAAAUAGACAAAAAUAUUGAUUUAAUCCAAAAUAAAAUUAUGAUGAAAUAA